UGAAGGUAGGUUCAUCCUUCACAUCAAGCCUCUCCGUAUCACCCGAAUUAUGGAUCUCGAUGAAUUCUUCUUGCUAUAGUAUUGACAGUGCAGCAUAAGGUACAUAGCCGCUUGCACGCCAGCAUGCGUUGGGCAACUCAAACCUCCACCCCCAGGCUGUUAAGUACACACAUAAUACCUGACAGGACAAACCAGCGUGAUUGCGAACGACGAAGCCAUGCAAAAGACAGACGAAUUACCCAAGAAUGCAAAAUUGACGCGUAAAUACCUCCUCGAGCAAUUGUGUGAUCCAGAUAUCGAUGAUGAUUGCGAAACGGGCUUUUAUGACCAUGAUUGCCCAGAGACAGGGGCAGUAGCUACUUUGACUGAAGAUAGUGGCGGUCCUGAGGCGCUGGACGCCAGUCUGGAGGAGGUCAAGGCCUGGCUCGAUACUCUAUGCCACAAGGAGAAAGCCCAGUAUGAUGACUUAUCGGCUCCUGAGUGCGAAAGGCUGGAGACGGAGACGGGCAACAUUUUGGAAACGGUAUUUAAAAGGAGGGAUUUGGGACUGGAUACUAAGAUCCUUGAGCGGAUACGUAGAGGAGAGGGGCCUCGUGAUGUAGUUAUCGAGGACCUUCUCGCACCGUUGCGCCUGGAUAAUAACAGGAAGGUUAACAGUGUUACAGAGACGUACGAUGACCAAAAAGCAGUGCUGCUGGCCUGGAACAAGCACGUUACAGGUAAAUAUGACAAUACCAAAGGACGAGAAUUGCUCGUGGCUGCUCUACAUGAGAGACUGAAGGCAAUCAGCAAAGUGCAAGAAAUCAUCCAGGACAAGAGAGCUUCUGAAAUGUACGAUAGGGUAGGACAAGAAGCCAUCCUUGAACCAUCUGCAAAGCGACUCUUACAAGCACUGCACGCAUACCGACCUGAAACUGCACGGUUCGAGUAUCAAGACCCUUUGGAUAUGCUUGUCAUUCUAUGGGCUAAUACUAGACCCGAGAUCCCAGAUAUCAAAAUGGAUGACGAAAUGAAGUACCUCUCCUUGAAGGUAUUAGCUGCCGAGAGUAGCCUUUCGCAAAGCUAUACGAACGAAGCAUUCAGGCGCGAGACCAAAAAGAGAAGAGACUCAGCAAGACAGAGACAGGACAAAGCCGAAUUCCUACGCUUGAAGCAAGUUCAAGAGCGAAGUGAUAGGAAAGCCGCAAAGCAGUCAAUUCAGCGCAGCAUCGACACCAUCCUCUCUGCGCGUAGGGAAUUGAGAAAAGCAGUCUUGUACGACUUGCAGGAGCUGACCGUCCUCCAAGCAACGCAGAAGCUAGUAGCUACAGAUACCUUUGAAACAAACCCAGAACGCACACCACAUUGGACAAACCUACGCAAUGCAUGCGUCCAGGCAGACCUCGCACUCUCCCGCGCACGUCUACACCACCUCGAAGACCUCGAAGCCAGCGCGGAAAUAGCAUCCCACAACAUCCAGCAAAUGCGCAACGUGCAUCAGAAAAUGCUCACUCGGACGCUGAAACUCGGGGGACAUGAUCUCGAUAGAGUAGAUGAGGGGAAGCGGAGACGUAUUGUUGAAGAGCGGAAGAACGAACCUGUUACUGCGAGGAUGAUGAGUGAGACUUUCAAUGGUGUGGUGGAGUCGAGGCUGGCUGCUAGGCAGAUGCUGCGGCAGGUUAGUCUUAUGGAGGGGUCAUUGGAGGAGUUGCUGGAUGUGGCGAGGACGCAGUAUCGGGAGUAUGAUGCUCUUAUUCGGUUGAUUGAUGGGAAUUGAGUCUGAGAAGGUUGAAGCGGAAGUGACCCAAAACGCAGUUUUAGACAAGCUGAAUGAUCUUGAGUCUUGGAAGAUGAGUAGUGUUGCUAUAACGAGAAAUUUUGUCAAGGCUACGAAUCUUUGUCAAGGCUACUAAGGCAUGCUGCCCACCGCUUCUUGCGCCUGGGGUUGAAAUUCUGGGCGCUUGCCCACACGAUUCGAUGAUGUCUAACGAGCGCUACUAGCCGUAUGAGUUAUGACAAGAUUGGUGUCGUUGGAACGCUCACGACGCGGCAAAUGAGAGUAGCCAGGACAACACUUCGCG